AUGGUGAACAGCGCGAUCAAGGAGCUCAAGGAGAGGAGCGGAUCGUCCCUGCAGGCGAUCAAGAAGUACAUCGCCUCGAAUUAUAGCCUCGACGCCGAGAGAAGGCGACGGCCGCCUCCGCGUCCUCCGCGGCAGGGGCUCCGGCGCGGCGGCGUCCUCCGCGGCCCAAAUCGGCGAAGAAGCCGAGCGCACCCCGCCAAGAAGACCGCCGCGAGCGCCGGCGCCAGGAGCAAGAAGGCCGCCGCCGCCGCGUCGGCAUCGGCCGCCGGGUCCGCCUCCCCGGCCAAAGCCGGGGGCAGGGGCGUCGCCGCCAAAGACAAGAAGGCGGCGGCUGCGGCCAAGAGGAAAGCCGGUCGGCUGCGGCCGCACCGAAGAAGGGGUCGCGCCGCCGCCGCCGCCGCGGCGUCCGGCAAGGGCGCGUCGAGCAACGCGGCCGCGUCCAAGGCGAAGAGGAGCGCGAAGCCACCGACCAAGAAACCUAAGGCCCCCAAACCGAAGAAGGCCGCCGCCGCCGCGCCCAAAUCGAAGGCCGCCACCACCGCGAAAAAGGCGUCGGCCGCUUCCAAGAAGUGAACGCGACCAUCCACGUUCAAUAAGCACGAGCCGCCGCACCGUGUUCGCGUACGCUGACCACCGAGUAGCGGGAGCGGAAG